AUGGCAUUGUUGGACUUAAUACUGAAUGCGUGGGGAUCUUUCCAACUGUUUCCUUUAACAGUUCAGAUCUCACUUGUUUUGGCUAUCCCAUUCGUAUACAACAUCGUAUGGCAGUUUGUAUAUUCUUUACGUAAGGACAGAGUUCCACUUGUUUUCUACUGGGUUCCUUGGGUUGGUUCUGCUGUGGCAUACGGUAUGCAACCUUAUGACUUUUUUGAAAGUUGUCGUGAGAAAUAUGGUGAUGUCUUCGCAUUUGUGUUGUUAGGCAGAGUUAUGACUGUCUAUUUGGGUCCUAAAGGUCAUGAAUUUGUUUUCAAUUCUAAGUUACAAGACGUUUCUGCUGAAGAAGCCUAUAAGCAUUUGACUACUCCUGUUUUCGGUGAGGGUGUUAUUUAUGAUUGUCCUAAUCAUCGUUUGAUGGAACAAAAGAAGUUUGCCAAGAAUGCUUUAACUACCAAUUCCUUUAGAAAGUAUGUCCCAGUUAUUCAAACCGAAAUAUUGGAUUACUUUGUUACAUCUCCUAACUUUGAUAUGAAACAUAACAACAAAGGCACUGCCAAUGUUAUGGUUACACAACCAGAAAUGACUAUCUUCACUGCUUCAAGAUCUCUUAUGGGUGAACAAAUGCGUAAGAAGUUCGAUGCUUCCUUUGCUGGUUUAUAUUCUGAUUUGGAUAAAGGCUUUACUCCUAUCAACUUUGUUUUCCCUCAACUACCUUUACCUCUGUACAGAAGACGUGACUUGGCUCAACAAAAGAUCUCAAGAACUUAUAUGGAAUUAAUUAAAGAAAGAAGAAAGACAGGCGAUAUUGUUCCAGGCAGAGAUUUGAUUGAUUCCUUGAUGACUAGCUCUACUUAUAAGGAUGGUGUUAAAAUGACUGACCAAGAAAUUGCUAACUUAUUGAUUGGUGUUUUAAUGGGUGGUCAACACACAAGUGCUGCUACUUCUGCUUGGUUUCUCUUACAUUUGGCUGAUAAGCCAGAAUUACAAGAAGAUAUUUACAAGGAAGUUACUAGUGUAUUGGCUCCUAAAGGUGGCAAUAUCAAUGACUUGUCAUAUGAAGAUUUGCAAGAUAUGCCUCUUGUCAACAACACUAUUAAAGAAACUCUUCGUAUGCAUAUGCCAUUGCAUUCUAUUUUCCGUAAGGUGAUGAACCCAUUGGUUGUUCCUGGUACUACAUAUGUUGUUCCUAAAGGUCACCAUGUUUUAGUUUCUCCUGGUUAUGCUCAAACUAAUGAUAGAUGGUUCCCUAAUGCUGGUGACUUUAACCCUAAAAGAUGGAGUGAACAAAGUACUUCUGCUUCAUCAAAUGAUGAUACAGUCGAUUAUGGUUUUGGUGCUGUUUCCAAAGGUGUUUCUUCUCCAUAUUUGCCAUUUGGUGGAGGUAGACACAGAUGUAUCGGUGAACAAUUUGCUUAUGUUCAAUUAGGAACAAUCUUAGCGACUUUUGUGUAUAACCUCAAAUGGUCUUUGAAGGCUGGCACAGAGGUACCCGAACCAGAUUAUCAAUCAAUGGUUACUUUACCUCAGGAACCUGCUGAGAUUACAUGGGAAAAGAGAGAAACUUGUGUUGUUUGA